AUGUCAUCUCAGGAAGGGAACCCAUCAGCUGCAGCCAUGAGAAUGCUGACCAGCUUGGGCCUGGAACUGAAAGACCUGGCCUUGUUGGCUGAUGUCCCCGAUGAACUCAUCACAGAGGAGACCCUCCCACGUCUCCUGUUACAAAUUAAGAACAACCGGACUGCGAAGGAAACGGGGACAUUUAAGCAGGACACCGCGAGGACAGCAGAGACAUUGAGGCUGGAUGCUGGUUUGCCAUUUAGUCACCAUUCCAACCAGAGAAUGGAAUUGCUCCUGCGAAGGGAUUCGCCUCCUGUGAAAGAGUCCUCAAAACUGGAUUUGUCCCCACAAAGGCCCGUCAAACGGGAUCUGCCCCGACAAAGGACUUCCAAAUGGGAUAUACACCCAAGCACAAGUACAUAUAAUGUUAGCUUAACAUCUGAAGCACGUGCAGAUUUAAGCCCGCACCCUAAUGCAUCUCUUUACCAAAGCUCCACCUCCUUUCCAAGUUCUGCCCCCAAGCAAAGCCCAACCAAUUACCCAAGCACCACUUGUUAUCCAAGCUCCACCCCCUACCCAAGACCAACUGAUUACCCAAGCUCCACCCAUUAUCCAAGUUCCACCCCCUACCCAAGACCAGCUUAUUACCCAAGCUCCACCCCUUAUCCAAGCCCCAUCCCCAACCUAAGCUCCACUGGUCACCCAAGCUCCACUGAUCACCCAGGCUCUACCUCUAACCUACACACCAUCACUUACCCAAGACCCACUCCCAACCCAAGCUCCACCUCUCAUGCAAGCUCAUUUCAAUCAUCAUCGCCUCAUCUCUCUGCCGUUGACGUCUCCAGUGGCUCCGGCCCACUGAGCAAGACCCCUGUCCAGCUUGUUCAGUACCCCUUGGACCACUGCUCCCGGACCCAACUGCCUCAGCACCAAGCAGCCACUGCUCCGGCCCCAGUUCCUCUCCAGAAGCCACCAGACCCACUGAAUAGCUGGAAAGCCCAGGUGAACAACAUUGUGGCGGCUAACUUGUUGUCAGCCAGCGUGGCGUGUUUUUAUGCAGGUGGCCUCAAUCUCAACCAGGGAGCCGUUCCAUCCAAUUCCAAUUCAAAGCCCAGUAACAAGCGCAAAGGAGCUGCCGGCUCGAUGCCCCCUGAAAAACUUGCCAAUGACUUUUAUGGAAAAAUACCCCCGUUUUACCCAUACAAAUGUUCCCUCUGCCUCUACACUGCUGACAGAAAAACUGUGUGGCUCAAACACGUCAGCAAGGAGAGGCAUACGGACAGAAUGCUGGACCUUCUUCAGAGGUACCCUGACUGGGACUGUCGUAUUGAGUCAACCCAAGAUGUGGCCGAACCGCCUGCUGCCCAGGAAGUGGAAGAGAGGCCCAGGCGUCGCUCACGCAGCUCCUCCAGCUCCUCGAGCUCCCGGUCAGGCCACAGCAGUCCGAGGAGGUCGACAAAGGAAAGGGAGAUCGAGAAGGAAAGAAAAAACAGGGAAGCUGACGAGAGGAUGGAGGAAUGCCUCGUGAUUGCUGGAUUUGCCCGAGAUGCGGCUCGGAAGAAAGACCUGUUACACCUCCUCGGCAACAAAGAAGACGUAGUGGAGCUUCAUGUUUAUGAUGGUUUUGCCAUUUUGAGAAUGAGUACACCCGAGUCAGCCAAAAAGGUUGUGGAUGACUUCAUCAAGAACCCUGUGGUGAAUUUGAACGUGGUGAGUUUUGAGCCUCUUCCCUCUGGGAAAGACUGGAGUAGUGAGCUGACUGCUUCGGCGAUGCAGUUUGGACCCGUCAGGGAUUCCCUGUUUCUGCCGACUAAGGCCUUUAUAGAAAUGUCAAACAUCACAGACGCUAAGAAGCUUGUGGAGCACCAUCAGACCAAUGCCCUUCAGCUCGAAGGACAAAUUGUCGAUGUUUAUCUCACCUCAGAGUUCUUCUCACUGAAAUACGUCUCCUCCAGGAAACAAACAGAGAAGAGCUGUAAGAGGAAGAGGAGUACUCGCUCCCAUUCACGCUCGAGGAGGAAGAGGAGCAGAGAGAGGAGAGAGACGGAGAGUGGUCAAAAACAACAGACAGAGGCUGGGAAGCUUUCAGCUCCCCUCACCUCCUCUGUGAGCACCUUAGACGGCCAUCACCGCACCAACACCUCUUCCCCCUCCUCCGCCGAGCAAACUCUCCACACCCAUCAGAGCCCUGUCAAGAAGGAUGGCGACAUAGGCAGUCAGUUAAGAGAGGAGGUGAUCGGUGGAGCAGCAGAUAAUCCAGAGGAGGCCACUAAAAACAGUCCACAGGAUGAUGAGGAACCUGAUUUCUUAAGGAACCUUGAGCACUGUAUCACCUUAGAUGAGCAAGAUGAGUCAUCUCCUGAUGAAGAAAGACCACAUGACCCCAAGGUAGGAGAAUGUGGUCUGAGCAGGGUGCUGGUUUUCAGAAACCUCAGCCAGAGUAAAUUCGCAGAUGGGGACUUGCUGAAAAUUGUUCUGGCCUAUGGCAAAGUGACGCGCUACAUCCUCCUCCGUUCUACACAAGAGGCUUUAGUUGAGAUGUGCAGCUCUUCUGCUGCUGUGAGAGCAGCGAGGGAAAUCCACAAUAAGAAAACCAGCUUUAUGGGAGAACCCUUAAUACCAUGGGUUUCUAAGAAGUACAAAAGGCUUUUACCUGGGUGGAGUGGGAGCACAAGUAAGCAACCAUCAGGUGCCAAACCCAAUGAAACAUGCUCAGAAACAACGGGCCAGGAAAAGAAUCUAGAAAAAGAGAAGACCAAACAAAGUAGUGCCCCAAUCCCAAUGGACAAGAAGACCAACGAAGAACAGAAGGACGUUUUCUCAGAAAAGUCCUCCUCCGAUCCCAGUGAGGACCCAGGUGAGGCCGAGGCAGUAAAAGACCAGGUCCUCAGUGUCACAGAUCCACAGAGUGUAGAUGAAACAAACAACAGGAGGAACGAGGAGGAAAUGGUAAACGAGGCCCCUCCCCCCGCAAUGGAACAGAAAGUGGAAGGUAUGAUGGAGGGGAAGACGGGAAGGCCAGGACAGCAAGAAGUGACUUGUGGGAAGGUGCAAGAGGAAGCAAAUGACGCUGCCAAACCACAAACCCAGACCAGGGGUAGAAGACGGAGGGUUGCCAGAGGGGGGGAGUUAAACGAAUUGGUUGUCCCAAGGGACACAGAGAAUAAUCCCAAACUCACAAUUACUAGAAGCACCAGGAAGAGGAUUGCUCAAGUCCAAGCCCCCACCGAUCCAGAGUCUAAGCCCACAUCUAAGACCCAUCGAGACCCUGAGGAGGACAUCUUGCUUAGCAAUAGGGGGAAGAUGUACUCCUCCACUAAGAGGACUGCAGAGAGCAAGGGAACCUCCGUUCCUCAAACAAUCAGUGGACAAGCAUCACAGGAAGGUACUGCAAAGAUGCCACAGAAGAAGAGAGCAGAUAGCUCAGUCUUGUCCGCUUCUGGUUCAGAGAUGGAAAGUAAACUACUUAUGGAGGAGAUUGGACCUGAACCAGCCCUACAGAUGGACCACACUGCAUCAGGACCAGAGAUGAAGAGUGACGAAACACUGCAAGAACAUAAAGAAAGAGCGUCAGAGAGGAAGAGAAAGAGGAAUGAGUCUGAUCCAGAAAACAGUGAUCCAUCAGCUUCUGUGCCUGGCACAGCAAAGACUAAAACAAUUUUAGAGAAGAAGAGUGAAAUAGAAGGAGGGAAUACUGAACCAACACGAGAAAUGGAGGUUGAAUCUGAAGAGCAAACUGUGAAAACAGGGCCAGUAUUGCUGCAAAGCAGUCUGGAUCCAUGUGACCUCAUCAAAGACAGUGAUACUGAAGAGCCACAAGCCCAGACCACAAAGGGCUUCAGAGGGAGAAGACGGAUGGCUGUCAGAGGACGGAAGUUACAGGUGUUGUUGGUCCCACUGGACAAGGAAGCUGACACUGAGGUCCCAGUGAUGAGUAACACCAGGAAGAGGAUCACUCAAGUCCGAGAACUGAAGGUUGAGGACGAAUCAGAUCCAGUUCAGAUCUCAUUGGAGAUAAAGGACAGGGAUGAGAUUUCUACUGAGAAAGAUGGCUCACUUACAGAUUUCCCUGAAAGAAACAACACCAGCAGGCCAGUAAAGAGAAAAGCCUCUGUGAUUAGAGGCACAUCUAGCAAGACCAAUGAUGACAUUACCACAGACAACCCUGACAGUGUCAAGAAACUGUUCUCCAAAUCAGGAGGAGAAAAGGAGGAGCAAGAGAAGGAAGACACCUAUCUAGAGUCAAACAUGGAGGCUGAAACUACUCGAGACAUCAGCAGCAGAAGACAAGCAUCACAGAAAGGUAACACAGAGACGCCACAGAAGAACAGAGCAGACAGCUCAGUGCCAUCUGCUUCUGGCUCAGAGAAGAAAAGUAAACUAGUUAUGGAGGAGACUGGACCUGACCCAGCCCUACAGAGGCACCACACUGGAUCAAGACCAGAGAGGAAGAGUGACCAAACACUGGAAGAGCAUAAAGAAAGAGCAUCAGAGAAGAAGAGGAACGACUCAGAUAAAGAAACUGGUGCUUCAUCAGCUUCUGUGCCUGACACAGAAAACACUAAAACCAUUUUAGAGAAGAAGAAUAAAAUAGCAGUGAAUACUGAACCAACACUACAAAUGGAGGUUGAAUCUGAAGAGCAAACUGUGAAAACAGGGCCAGUGUUGGUGCAGAGCAGUCUGGAUCUAUGUGACCGCACCCAAGAUAGUGAUACUGAAGAACCACAACCCCAGAGCACAAAAGGCUUCAAAGGGAGAAGACGGAAGGCUGUCAGAGGACUAUCAGAGAGGAAGCGGAAUGAGUCAUAUCCAGAAACUGGUGAUUCGUCAGCUUCCGCGGCUGGCACAGUAAGGACUAAAACCAAUGUAGAGAAGAAGAGUGAAAAAAAAGCAGAGAAAACUGAACCAACACCAGAAACUGAGGUUGAAUCUGAAGAGAAAACUGUGAAAACAGGGCUGUUUCAUGUGCAGAACAGUCAGGAUCCAUGUGUCCUCACCAAACCAGGCGUCUGGGAAGGACAGGAGAUGGAGCUAAAUUGUCAGCAGGUGCAUUCCGGGAAACAGAAGGAGGAGGAGACCAAGGUUGGAGAACGUUGCACCAAAAUUCAGGUGGAACAGAAUUCACAUUCUGUAAAAAGCAAUCCGGAGCAGGAUGACCUCAGUUGCCCAGUCGGAACUGAGUUUAUCCGUCCUGUUACUGGUUACUUCUGCGGCCUGUGUAAGGUCAUCUAUGUCACUAAGGACGAAGCCAGGGACAAACACUGCACAAGCCUUUCACACCGGCAGAUGUUAAAGAAGCACGCCAGUAAGAAGAAUGGAUCUGCGCAUAAAAUGUCCACCAUGACGGUGGGUCAUGUUUCGGGUCCAGCCUGUGACGGUCUUUAUGCUAACAUUGAUGGCAGAAGGCUUUGACUUAAGGGACUUGUUUCCAUCACACAUGGUUCCUAUUGUCAUCACAAACCCUGAAAAGUCUCCAAGUUUAGGUUUGUUUAUUCCAGGUAUGAAAAAAAAAGACAAAACAUGCUGUCUGGCAUGUCAGAAUUUGUUUGUUUUUAGGAUUUCAAUAGAAAAAAAAAUCAGUCUAAUUGAUUAUUUAAUUGCUUAUUUUGGCACAGUUAAGAUUAGCUGUUGCUAUGUAUAUCAUCCUGAUGAAUGAAUGUAGGGAUGAUUUGUCAAUGUAGCCACACUGAAAAGAACUGAUGGUGCUCUCGGGUUUAUUUCUGGGUUAUAUGUACAGCUGGAUUCAUCCCUGGCAAGGCUCAGGUCACUUUGUGGAAAUAAACAAUUAAUGAC